AUUGUGGUUCAUACACACCAAGAAAGAAAGCAAGUAAAAAGCUCGAGUGAGUAACUGAUCAUAGAGCCAAAAAGUUCCAUAUAGUCUUCUUGGAGAGGAGGAGGAAACAAUGGAGAUUGAGGAAUUGAGCAGUUAUGAGGCACUGCCACUUCUCUCCUUGAAUCAUGUUUCUUUGCUGUGCAGAUCAGUGUGGGCUUCCGUGAGGUUCUACGAGGAUGUUUUAGGCUUUGUUCUCAUCAAAAGACCUUCUUCUUUCAAUUUCAAUGGAGCUUGGUUGUACAAUUAUGGCAUUGGGAUACAUUUGAUUGAGAACCCAGCCAUUGAUGAAUUUGACCCCAUUACUGAACCUCGUCCAAUUAAUCCCAAGGAUAAUCACAUCUCCUUUCAGUGCACUGAUGUUGGGCUUGUUAAGAGGAGGUUGCAAGAACUGGGAAUGAGGUACGUGACAGCAGUGGUGGAAGAUGAUGGGAACAGAGUGGAUCAGGUUUUCUUUCAUGACCCAGAUGGUUACAUGGUUGAACUCUGCAAUUGUGAGAACAUCCCAAUUAUCCCACUCUCCUCCUGCUCAUUCAGGCCCAGAAACAUGGGAAGCUUCAAGAGAGCAGCACCCAACAAAUGUGGGUUUAUGGAGAAUGUGAUGAUGGAGAACUUGAGCAUGGACAUGAUGAACAUUUCUUUCUGAUCAGCUCCCAGAUUUGGGAGAAGCAAAAAAAAAAAUCUUCCAAUUUUUUUUGUUGCUUUAACAAAUAUCAAAUUCCCUUUUAUAGGGUCUUUUAUAUAUAUAUGGCAAUUGUGCCAUCAAGUGUUUGUAUUUGGUCAUGUGAGUGCUUAAUAAUAAGAUUGUAAGAAAGAAAUAUGAGUUGGGUUUGUCUGUUAAUACCCUAAAGCCAAGCAUGUGGCUUUUCAAUUUCUGUAGUGAAAAUAUGUUUAUAUCAUUAUACUGUUUAUUCAAUGAGACUCCCAGCAAUCUGUUUUGUGUUUA